AGCUACUUCUUUAAUUGAAAGCGUCGCAAUGAGGAGCUCGACUAAGCUCGUUGUCGCGCCUUUGCUGGCAGCAGGCGCUCUUGGGCAAUUCGUGCCUGCGCCCAAGGAUCUCAUAACCAAGAAGGGAUAUGCCGACAUCAGCGUGCGGUACAAGGAGGUUCCGGCUGGUAUCUGCGAGUUGAACCCCGAUGUGAAGAGCUACUCGGGGUACGCAGACGUUGAGGACAACCAACAUAUCUUCUGGUGGUUCUUCGAGGCGCGCAACCAGGAUCCCACGGAUGCUCCUUUGACAGUGUGGAUCAAUGGAGGCCCUGGCUCAACGUCCAUGUAUGGACUGUUUCAAGAACUAGGCCCAUGUGGUAUUGGGCCGGACAUGAAGCCCUUUGACAACCCGUACUCGUGGACCAACGCUAGCAACAUGCUUUUCAUCGACCAGCCUACAACGACAGGAUUCUCGUAUUCCAUACCUGUGCCAGGCUACACUGACUCGGACGGCAACCUGGUUGAGCUACCGAAUGCGACGUGCCCAGAAUAUGCCACACAGUUCGGCUCAUGCGGAACAUAUUCGAAGCAGGAUCUUAGCCUGACGGCCAACAGCACGGCUGCUGCAGCGCCAAACAUGUGGAAGACGCUGCAGGGAUUUAUGGGAGCCUUCCCGCAGUACGCUCGCAAGGGCUUCAACUUUGCGACGGAGAGCUAUGGCGGACACUACGCGCCCAUCUUCAACGCCUACAUCCUCGAUCAGAAUGCCAAGAAGAUCCCGGGAGCACACAAGAUCAAGCUGGAGAAUGUGCUGAUUGGCAAUGGGUGGUUUGACCCCAUUGUCCAGUACCAGGCUUACUACAACUUCUCCGUGUAUCCUGGUAACACGUACGACUACGACCCGUUCAACCAGACGUACAAGGACGAAUGGUAUAACAAUCUGUACGGUCCUGGCAACUGCAUGGACCAGGCCAAGCAGUGCAGGGAGCUUGGGACCAACGCAAUAUGCUCUGCGGCCGACUCGUUCUGUGCGAACAAGGUCGAGUCCAUGUACGACAAUGCGCUUGGACGAGAUGAGUACGACGUGCGAUACUUGACGCCGGACCCAUUCCCAUAUGGAUAUUUCAAGGGCUAUCUCAACCUGCCGAGUGUGCAGCAGGCUAUCGGGGCUUACCAGAACUUCUCUACGUCGUCGAGCAUAGUUUCGGCGGCGUUUGGAAAUACGGGUGACGACAACCGCGAGGCGGGCACGAUUGAGGCGUGCCAGAAGCUGCUUGCUGCGGGUGUUCAGCUGACCAUGUACUUUGGCGAUGCCGACUACAACUGCAACUGGCUGGGUGGGCAGGUGAUUGCAAGCAUGAUCAACGCCACGGGCUUUUCACAAGCGGGCUUCACAAACAUCAGCACCAGCGACGGGAUUGUGCACGGCCAGGUCAAGCAGUCGGGCUUGUACUCGUUUCUGCGCAUCUACGAGGCGGGCCACGAAGUGCCGUUCUAUCAGCCGCUCGCGGCGCUGUCCAUGUUUGAGCGCGCACUGAAACGCGUUGACAUGGCAACGGGAACCAAGAAACUCAGCCAUAAUUACAGGACCGUGGGCACGCCCACGAGCGACUACCGCGAGGGCAAUGCCACCAUCCAGAUGAGUGUGACGCCGGCAAAUGCUACAUACAACACGACGCUGAAUGCACCGGACGCUACGCCGCAGUGGUCUCAGCAAGGUUUCCUGGGCAAGCGAGGCGUGGCGGGAGGACUGUGGCGGCCGAGGAUGUCGAGGCGUGGAAAGCGGGCUGCUUGAGGCCAGGAGGUAGGCGGCUAGAGAGAGAUGGAUAGUGGUGGAUAGAUGAACG